CAUUCUGUCAUGAUGAGGGACUUGAAAAUGGCGGAGCUCGAUUUUCAUGCUCCUCUUGCCAAAUUUGAAAGCGAUGAAUGGAACGAAUUUCACGAUUUUCAGACGGCUUCCGAUUUGGAAAAUUCAAACAAAGACACCGUACUAAUGAGUGAGAAACGCGACCAUAGCGGAGGUCUAGUGGAUAACUUCAGUGAGACAUUUUCCGGAUCGCUAGAGGAUUUGGUGAACACUUUCGAUGAAAAAAUAACCAAGUGUUUUUGUAAUUACGAUGAAAAAGUGGAAAAAUUUGCGCCCGUACAGGUUCGAUCUCAAGAAGAAAUUGUGACAGAUUGUCAGAUGUGGUGGACAAUCACAGGCAACUUUGGGAAUAUUUUGCCAAUAGAUUGGUCCAAGUCAUAUGCAAGACAGUUACAGACAAAGGCGUUAAAUCUGAGUGAGAAAAGGGAGCGCUUAUCGCCAGAAUUGGACUUAUCUGAGGACGAGGAGUUGACCCAAGCGUUUGACAUGCAUUCGCUCAUCAUCUCCAGUCUUCAACAAGAGCCAAUGUUCACUGCUGAGGAAGUCAUAAAUGAGAUUGAAGACAUGAUGCAGGAGGAGAGCCCGUCAGCAGUGAAUACACCAUCAGAUACCGACAUGUUAUCACCCACUUCCAACGAACUUCUACAUUUCAAGGAAAAGCAAGCGGUCACACCUGCGAAUUAUGAAGCGAUUCUGGUACUAAGAAAGGUGGUGCGGGCCGCCCAACGCCAUCCGGGGGCACCCAAACAAGGAACGCUUAAAGAUGUGCAGAAACUCUCAGUUGGUGCUCUGAACGAACUUCUGGAAGAGAUGGAAUGCAUGAUAAAAGAAUACUCGGAAACGUUAAUUCAAGAGCUGGCGCUACGCGACGAGUUAGAAUACGAAAAGGAGCUGAAGAACCAGUUCAUCUCACUGCUGUUGAGCAUACAAAAGAAGCGACGCGAGUGCCACCAUGACAAACGGAAAAACAUCAAGAAAAACGCGAAGGCUGGGAAUGGCAAUGAAAAUUCAACAUCAUUUCUCUCGUUUCAGUUCUUGACGACCGUCAUUCCUUAUCAUGUAAAUCAAGGUGCACCAAACAUAUCACAGCUACAGAUAUAUAUCAAAAUAUUAAAAGCUAUUAAUGAAGACAGUCCACAGGUUCCAACUCUGCUCACAGAUUACAUUCUGAAGGUUUUAUGCCCGACAUGAGCUGCCCUGAAAGAUGACUGAGAUUCGCACCAUCUAUCUAUCGUAGCCAGACUGGAUCCUCGCAGAUGAAAACGCAUUUAAUACUCUGGAGAAUCAAGUAGUUGACAUCCCUUCUUGUAGCCGUAGCAGAACAGCCUAGAUUUGGAGGGGCUUUUUGUACCUUUUUCUCUUCAAUGAGUCGAGGACUUGGCAUCUUGGUGCACAAAGGAACUUUGCCAAUUUGGCAAUGGGAUGUUUGAGUAUGGAUUCCUGAUGGAUGGCAUUUAAUGACAUUAUGGAUACAUAUACUUUGUUUAUACACAUACUGGUGAAUAUUUAUUUAUAAUAUUGUUGAUUUAAUCAGUCGUUCAUUUCAUGGACUUGUACAUUUUUCCGAUGUGGUUCUUCAAUUGCUAUGAUCGAUUAGUGUAUUCAUGUUCGUGGUCUGUGCAUAAACGAGAUGGGACUCAUUAAAUUGUCAGUAUGGUGUAAUAUACGCACAUUAUUUGUGCUAUAGUGUGGUCAUCUGUAUGUCUGCGGCCAUGCCAUAAUAAUACUAAUCAUGCUUAUUACUGGGAUCAUGCUUCAAAGUGAGGUGUCAUGACAUGCAUUUCUCUUGUAUGUACUGUAGGGCCAUUUCGGAGAUGCCAUCUUUAUGCAUGUCCAGCACGAGCUCGGUAGAUUAUUUGGAAUUGACGAUAUCUUAGAAACAUUCCUUGAAAGACAGUGAUGGAGUAGCCAUGGAAGUGGAGGUGGGGGAGUUGACAAAUUGGACAUACCUGCAGUGGUGUCCCAAGAGGGAUCAGGCUGGGAGUAACACACCCUUUGGAAAAAUAUGGCUGAAUUUGACCUUGAAAGCCCUUGCUGAAGUAAAUUUUCAAAGGUCCCCUCCACCCAGACAUCCUGGGGAUACCCAUGACCAGCCUGUGGUUGGUUUUUGGGCAGCUUUGAGAAGAGUUGCAAAACCGUCUUGUCUUACCAAUCACUGAUAGUCAUUCACACUUGACACAGAAAGUGUGGUAUCACCAGACUCCUAGUAUGACAAACCAAACAAUUGCUGGUUAAGUUUAACAUCCGGCCCCCCCCCCCCCCCACUCACUGCAUCGAUUGCAGUAAAAAACUCAAAAGAGCUGAGUGGGCUGUCAUAAAGAUGUGCACCUUUCAAAAUGCUAAACCCAGCACUUAGUCAUCUGUACAAAAUACUCAUCUGCAUUACCCGAUGUCAUUUUCGCGUUGGAAUUUUGUGUCAAAUUUGAGAUACCAGCAUGCAUUUGAUGGGUUCAUAUUGGUAAAUAUAUACGUGUAACCACUUUAUGAAUAUUGCGCAUAUCUGGCACUGCAAUCUUAAAAACACCACCAAAAGGACCAAGGCUAGUUUGGAAUGAUUUCAGAAAGUGACUUCUCGUACUAAGGAUAGUACCCACUCAGCUUAUUCCCAAAAACCCAUUACUUUGAAGAAAUGGAAGUAAUGGGUUUUGUUGUCGUUGAUAUUGCUUUGAAGUGGGUACUUUGUUAAUGGGUAAGGUGUAUUUUCGAUUUUUCACUGUCGACCUGUUCUUUUGGAUGUGGAGUCGCCCUUGGUCCUUUUGGGGAAAGACUCUAUCAUUUUCAUGUGUAAUUGUACAUAAUGUCUCAAAUUGGCUUGUGACUAUGGUUAAUCAACCGAUGAUGUGAUGCAUGUAAGCAAUUAUCUGCUGUUAGUGCUUCGCUUUGGUAAAUGUCAUAAUCGGAUCAACUAUGAGGUAUUAGGCACAACGUGGUGAGACUUUAAUGCAAAAUAAUGUUGGACUAUAUUGUGUGUAUACUUGAUGGAUGAUCGCCCUUGGCUCGCCGCUUGUGCUUACACUUUUAUACUGUACGUACUCUUACAUAUCAAUGUCAAGCCUAGCUAUACCUAUAAGUGUCUGCAAACUAGCCUUCAAGGCAAGGGUAAGGACCAAUCGAAGCAAUCAAGGAAAACCAUCACUGUGGAGUCAGUCAGGAGCUACUUUGCAUAGUGUUCAUGCGACUCCUAACAAUUUCACUGUCAUUGGCGAUUUCGCUCAAGGUAGAAAAUUUCAUAAAACCUGAAAUAUUUUUAAAACCAUGUCAUGUUGGUAUUCAUUUGAAAGCACUCUGUGAGAGCUUUCCUAUGAAUACCUAUGUGAUAGGGCUGAGGUACUCGAUGGAGUUCGAAUUGCUCAAAUUCAUCUUGACAGUGAAAGUGUUAAAGUAUUGAUUAUAAGGUCUGGUCAAGAAAAUCCCGGUAACAUAUUAAAUCAUGUGUGAUGAAAUCUAGCUUGUCCGGCCUACGGAAGGUUGCACCAAAACUGUUUGCUGAGAAUCUUUCAAAAGCAAAAAAGAUGUUCUUGAGAUGAAAGUGUUGGAAAUCAGGAGAUGUUGCAAGUUCAAUGAAGGUGACAUAUUUGGUGUUACAUAUUAUGAUAUACUAUGAAGAAAGUCUAUUGUAUUAUGAGAGUUGGCGUUGUUAUGCGAAGAUGGACUCAAGUAGAGUCAACUGAGUUUGUGACAGGCAAACCAAAGAAUGGCUGUUUUAGGACCAUGCCUCUUGUUCAACGAAGCUGAUUAAGGAUGCAAUAUCCUUUCAGGUUGACAAUUGAUGGUAAAGUGGAAUUAUUUCUCUCGAUUUUACUACAGUGAUUAGAAAUUAACACUUCCAAAUGGCAAAAGAAUAAAUUGGGGAAAUUUUAGAUUGAAAAUCUUAGUUUUCCAGAAAUCCAGUCGAUAUGUGAUGGUGGAUUUAGGCAUAGUUUUUGCCUUCUCUCAAACUCAGCUUGACUCGAGAUAUGUGGUUGAAAUGUUAUGUAAGGAACAAAAGAGCAAAGUUGUGGUAAUGUUAUGAAUCUGUAUAUAAGUAUCUAUGGUGUAUAUUCAUGUUUUAUGUGUGUACAUAUCAAACGACUUGACUUAAUGUGCUAAACAUUCAAUCUGAACUUGUUACUUUCGAUGUUAAGCCUAUGGAAACCGAUAGAGAGAACUUGGUUGCGCAUACAAGUGAUGUAAUGGAAGGUCACAGCAUUUUGAAUUGCUCAAUUGCGCAGCGCUAUAGCCAUUGGUACUGUCUGUCAGCUUCCAUGUCUAAUGUUCACAGUCUAUCUACACCUUAAACCUAGCGGGCAUGAACUGUUCAAUAUUACCAGUAGUAAGUCUCCAUCGUAAUCAUUGUAAUCUUGCGAGCCACGGUACAUUUUGUACUCGUAUAAAAGAGGUUCUGAAAUUAACCGUACCUUUAUUUGAAAAGUUUCAUAAUCAUAGCAAGACGAGAUAUACAUCCGUUUUUGCAAUUAUUGAGACGAGUUUUUUUCAAUUUUUUUAUACUUCAGACUUCAAGACUAACAACUAACCAAUUCUUGCUGGAUAUGUGUGCCAAGUUUAUCUUAGGUUGUCACAGAAAUUAUUUGAUUAUGAUACUUGUAAAUUUUUAAGGGAAAGUAGUUAGCCUGCAGCAAAUGAUACUAAAAAUAUAUAUUGGUUGAAAACCGGAAGUUAGUAGAAGGUACAAUGUAGUCUCUGAAACUGAAAAAAGUAAGACAUUUGGAAGAAUAAAUAUGGCAGUAACAGUCAAGGCACAUUGAUCACAAAUUAUUUAUGAUUUUAUGACACAAUUUUUGUAAGAUUUUUAUAAUUUUUGUCAAGAUGUGAAUACUCAUUCUGUACUUGCUUGAAUGACCCUAUGGCAAACUUAGGGUUGCAUUGGGUACUAUGUCUCAGUGUUGAACUGUACUUGGGAACUCAUGUUAGAUUAUUUAGAAACUCUGUAAACAAUUUGAUGCACGAUGAAGGAGGAUUGCUCACACAUUCUAAGUGUGUGUCGUAUGAGUUAUGAGCGAGGGCUUUUUAUGUUAUUAAUGGAUGCAUUGUUGGGACUCUGAAAUGCUUAACUUAAAAGUCCAUGAAAAUUUCGGGAUCAACUAGAAAGAACUUAAAACUCUCAAGUGCUAUUUUCCUGUACGAUACUCUGCUUUUCUGCUUUGUGGUUCAAUUUUGACGCAUAUAUUGACCUAGUCACAUAUGAGCUCUGCUCAUAUCCUUUCCAGUAUUUCUCGUAACUUAGAACAAAAAGCACUUUUGAAUUGUAUUUGACCUUAAUUUUAUUGCCCAUUGGACUUGCUAUGACUGUCAGCUUCGAGAUAAGGUAAACUGUUAGCAGAAAGCACAUUGCACCACUAGCAACAUCCAUAUUUCACUUUAUCAAUAGCUUUUGCUCAAACCUGUCAAAAUCCUAAAAACGAUAAGUCUUGUCACAGAUGAUUUUAUCAUUUUAAUGUUGAUACUGCACAAGAACCUGUUAUAGUAUGGAUAUAUAUGUAACUUGAUAUGGCUUACGGCGAGAAUGAAAAUUACUUGAUUUCAUUUCACAUUCACAUAUGGCCCACUUAUUGCUUUCUCAUUUUAUAGUAGAAUGUUCAUAUUCAUUCAGUGCAGUCGUAAAGGAGACCUUUUUAGUCGGAUACAACGGAAUAUCAUGACACCACAAUUUGUCAAUAGAAAUCACUUGUGUGUUUUGAAUAUUGGUCGAAUGUGUGGAAAGUUGAUCUAGUUAUUUUGAAAGUGGUGUGUGUACUAGUUCCACUAUGCUAACCCCAUUAUAGAUCGUUGGGGGUCAUUUGUACAUAAGUCACCGUGCACAUAUUGAGAUACUGUGUCGACGCAAUUGAGCCAGUUGUGGGAAGCCUGUGCAAAAGGCCUAUUUUACAUGUAAUAGUUCUAUGUGUAACUGACACGAGUCAACUAGCUUAAUAACGUCGACACAGUACCAGUAUAUAAAAAGUAGUGUUGAGAAUAGCCAAUCCUAAGUGCUCCAAUGUGAGUUGGCAAACUUUUAUCCUUUAUCCUUGAUUUGAGAAAUGUGUAAUCUACAUGUUUUGAGAAAUGUGUAAUCUACAUGUUUGGUCACCAAAUUCCUACACCAGUAAUAUAUAUAUAUAUCAUGAUAACAUAUCUCAUCAUUUAUGGUUUAUGCAUGUAGAUGGCAAAGGCCCUUUGACAGUACAUGUAUAAACCUUGGCCAUCUUUAAAGAUAAACCUAAGGCAGACGUUACUUAGAGCUUCACGCUUCACUCCUCACGCCUCAUGCUUCACGGUUCACUCGUGAACCGAAGAAUUAACAAGGUAUUUCAAUGAGCCCUGUUACAUAGGAAAAAAUGAGGGCCUAAGUUGAAAUGCCUUGGAAAUUCUUCGGUUCACGAGUGAACCGUGAAGCAUAAGGCGUGAGGAGUGAAGCGUGAAGCUCUUUGUAACAUCUGCCUAAGAGAGCUGGAGAUUUCCCGCUGUAGUUAAAUCAGGCCUUUUAUAUCCCGGUUGAAGAAUACCAAAACACUUUACUGGCAUGGAUACCCUUUCUCCAGGAGAACUGGAGUUUUAUGAUAAUGGGUACUUUGUUCACUAUAUCCAGACAAUCAGAAUACAAGCACAAGGAAUUUGGCAUUACACUACUGCUCUCCUUAAUUAGCAAGUGACUAAUUACCACCACUAAUUAACUUGCCAUGACUGAUAGGUUCGUAAGCAUAAUACGGUUGAGAAUUUUAAAAAUCUAUGUCGAAGUAUCAACUGACAUUAUAAAUGUGAAAUGAUAGUAUAUUAUCAUACCAGAGAAUCUAACAAAAACAUAAUGAACAUUACUUUCAAAAUUGACUCUCAUGAAAUGAUCUUGCAUUCACACUUUUACCUGAUUUUAUUCUGUUGAUUAUGGAAUUGUAGACUUGCUGGCAAGUGUUUGGUUGAAGUGAUAGGUUUAUUUUGGCAAGAUGUGUGUAUAUAAAGAGGAAAAGACGUUAUUGAUUGCCAUCUUGAUUUGACUCGAUCAUACUCCCCACUGCUACCAAAAUGUCCCUGAGUGGAACAUGUUGAAAAGGCAGGUUGUGAUCUGGCAAAAGAUCAUCACUGACUUGCAUUUUAUGUGGAAAUGUCGCAUUGAGGUUUGGAGUAUAGAUCGUGUCGCAGAAUGGUUAGGGUGAGUCUGUUGGCGAUGUGUGGUGUCUCAAUGGACAUCAUGCAUACUUACUACAAGAUGUUACGUGCCCGGAUAGAUUUUGAAAUCUAGUUUAAAAAGUACCUCAAGAUUGUAUAGUAGUGACUGGAGUGUGCCCCUGUUUAUUCCAGAAAACAUGCAUAAUCAAACAUAAUUUACAUGUAUUUGUGACGAUUUUGAACCCAACGAUCGAACAAGUUUAUAUUUCUUUGCAAGUAUUAAAUCAAAAUAAAACUUUUUCCGAACAAAUCAAAAAGAGACACCCCAAUUUACUCACUCUGACCAUUUCCAUAUUAAUUGUGUAAAGAGUUUUAUUUUUUCUAUGUUCAGUUAUCUGCUUCUUGUGAUUAUACUCAGAUUGUAUUUCUUGUGAAGUAUUUUAGUGUGAGGGUUUCCAUUCUGUUCUGAAAGUGAAUUGGCCAGCAGUGCCUGGAUGAUGAGUUAAGGUAUGAAGAAUUAGGAAGAAUGAACAGUUUGAAUCUCAUCAUCAGGACAGAAUGAAAACCAAUCACCUUGUCAUCGUUUGAAAUCAAAAUAAUUUUAAGAUUUUACAUUUUAGUUUUGGUACUAUAUGUUUCACAUGCAGACAUGCUUCUAUGUUGGUCACAUAUGCAUUGAAUGCUGAAUGUUUGCUUUGCUGAAAUAGUGUUAGACAGGUUUUUAAAAUAUCAUUUACAGGAAAAAAACAAUUAUGUAAUCUUUUUUAUAGGUUUGCAAAAUGAAUUUGAAACUGUGACUACAGUUUUUGAGCAACUAUGGAUUGAAAUAUCUGUUACUCUUGGAAAGUCCAUGAAUUAGGCUAAUUCUGUGAACAACUGGGGCAAAAGUGUUGAUGUAAAGUAAAGUGGGCUUUUUAAGACAGUUUUCAAAAGGGAGAAGAUAAGCCUUCUCAGGAGAAGUCCCAGGAACUGUGUCACUUUUGAAAAAAAAUCGCUCCCACCAGAUGUUGCAGUAAUUAUUGUACCCAUUCCCUAGUGAAGCAUUUGAUGCCCUGACAUUUUUCCCCGUAUCCCCAGCUCAGACUGAAGGUGUGAUGUAACGUGAUACCAGGUAUGGUGCAAUAUAGUUCAAUUUGUGUAGUUGUUAGCUAUUAUUGUAUGUAUAUAUGUAUCAGUGGAAAUUUCUGAUUGUGAACAUUAGAUCAUGUAGUAAAUUAUGUAGCCACUAUCGACUGCUACAGCCUAAAUAAUAAACACAUUCUGACUUAAA